ACGAGCAUGCAGUGAAAAAAACAAUAAACAAUUUUUUAUCAAAACCUCUCUUUACCGGUCGGAAUCAUGCGUGUGCUUACCGAUGCAACUUGCAUUAGAGUGCUUUGUGGCCAGAAAUUACUCAUAGGCAUAGGAAACCAGUUGCUGCUCGUGUACCGCUCAUCAAACGGAUCGACGCUACGAAGGAUCGCUCCAUUGCCAAGGCUAGUGGAUAAAAUUCAUGGAAUAGAGGCAUGCGUUAUGAAGGAAGAACAAUGGCUCGUGAUAGUUCACGCUGGUCGUGCAACGUACAGUAUCAUUUUAGAUUGCCAAUCCCCUACGUUCUCUGAAUGUGCUCUGCUCGUUAUUCCGGAAGAAAUAGACCUCCAUCCGGUACCUUUCAUUCGACGACGGUUAAACGACUGGAUUAGCAGGAUCUCACUGCUCUCUUCUACCGAGCUGUGCAUUGUUACCGCGCAUGGAGUAGCAGCGUUAUUGAAACGCGGCGAUAGCGAUCGAUUUUUGCAAUGGGAUGUUGUAGAUAAAAGUCCGUGCGAGGACGGUUCUACGCUCUACUGUUCCACGAUUACUGGCCAACAGUGGGAGAACGUUAUAAUACUUUCUGGCACUGCCUUAGGUCUUUUGCUGAUCUGGUCCGUUGAUGGUCCAAACCGGGGCAAAGUGUUAACGAGUGUCUCUGCCCAUAACGGGGUCAUUUUCUCGAUAUCGUGCAAUUUUGAUAUAGGCUUGCUCACAACUACCUCGGAUGAUCGAUCGGUUAAAUUUUGGAACGUUAAACUGUCAGGUAAUAAGGAUAGCUGCUCGCGGGCGAUAGAACUGCGUGAGGAAAGAUAUUGUUUCGCCCACACAGCUAGGGUGUUUCAAUGUCGUAUCAUAAAUGGAGAACACCAAACUCUGGUUGCAUCGAUCGGGGAGGAUUCACACCUUUGCCUUUGGACUGUUGAUGGAGAUCUGGUGCUGAAGAAACGCUUAGAUGAAGGACCCACAUUAUGGAGUAUGGAUUAUGAUCCCCCAAGUGCCACGAUUUUUGUAACAGCGAGCAAUGGAAACUUACAUAAGUACUGCAUACGUCAUGCCAUCGACGACGGGGACGAUCUUUGUAAACACAAAAAUGCCUUAACAGACAUCAGCCCCAAUUUGCAACGAAACGAGCAUUUGGCAAAAGUUAAGUUCUUAAACAAUGGAUACAUGGUAGCUAUAACGAACCACAAUCAGGUGAUGAUUUUGGAUAGUAGUGGCACGAUUGUACAACAGCUUGAAAGACUGGAUGAUUUUAAAUGUAGUAUUAUAGAAAUUGGAGCAGCAUAUCUAUAUCUAGCUGGUGGCUGCUGUGUGAAAAUCUACAAAAUCGGCAACGACCAACCCACUCAUCUCGUAGGAAGCGAAAACAUAACCUUCGACAAAUCUUUUGAAAAUGAAGCCGGCGUUGAUGUAAAAGAGAGUUCCAUAAGGUCAUUAAAUUACUGUACACGGUCGAAAAGAGUGGCCGUUUGCGAUUCUAACGGACGAUGCGUUGUGUUCGAUGAGACAUUGGCAGACAUUGUAUCCUGCCAUAUAAUUCCUAACUCAUCUGAACGAUGGCUGACUGCUUUUGUGGUACUCAAUGAAUCAUUGUUGCUUAUGGCCGAUCGUUCGGGACACUUGUACCUUUUUGAUAAGCUCCAGGUAGAACCCGCAUUCAAAUUAACGAAUGUGCACGGAAAGCUAGGCAUCACUGCAAUUAUCGUUGAGGAAAAUUGCCUGCCAUUAACGGAUGUGUACAACUUAAGAACCACUGGACAUGAUGGCCGGAUAUGUGAGUUAGCUGUGAAUUGUAGGACACGCACAUUGGAACUCCUUACGUUCAGCAAAUCGGUCAUCGGAUGGAUCGAUCGCAAAAUAGUACGCGGCCCAAAAACGUUCUACCUUGGCUUCAACGAUUCACACUUCCUCGUGGUGGAUGAUUCCAAUGAGACGUUUGUUCAGUUUGACUGUGGCGGAGGACACCGGUGUUGGGAUUUCUUUUACGAACCAUCAGCGGCAAUCUUCACGUUCGUGUUCAUUCAGCAUAAAAAACUGAAAAAAGUACAUUUUACACCACGCAACAACGGUGGCAGUGGGCUGACACUCUCACGCUUCAACUGGCACACACGGGCAUGUAACGUGUUGCAGGUAGCGAAGCAUGGAAAUUCUUAUUUAUUGCUUUCCGGAGGGGAGGACAAUAUUCUAAGAAUCAACGUUUUAGACAAUGGGCAAAUAGUGGAAGCGCCUCGUAAGCACCUGUUUAGCCAUAUAUCAAGCGUAAAAACGAUUCUAGUCAAACGGCUUGAAACCGGUGCACUGCUCAUGAUUUCAGCCGGCGGAAGGGCACAGAUAUGCUUAACCAGUAUUGAUAUGGACAGUUUUCGCAUAAAACAGGAGUAUGAAUAUAUGCUUUUGGCCACCGAUUCGGAGCGCAGCCGAUGGAAAACGAAUCGACGGUCCACUUUCGAUCCAGAAACAAAGUUUAUGUGCGCGGCCUUUCUUACCAAUGAUCGAAUCGUGUUUGGCUGUUCUGAUGGGUUUGUGCGAAUAUAUCAGCUUUCUACAACCGAUCGUCAGUUUUCAGUGUCCCUGACUGGUGAAACAUUUUACGGACGAUGCAUUUUAAAGAUGAUUAGCAUUGAUAUUGAUGAAAAGUCAAUUUUCAUAACAAUGGCAACGGACGGAUAUUUAUGCUUCUGGGAUGCAUCCUGCCCAACGGAGCCCAUCUUCCGACAUCGACAUCAUACCAGUGGCGUGAAUGCAGUCGAUGUAAAGCAAAUUGGUGCGGGAAAACUCGUGUUUGUCACCGGUGGCGAUGAUCAGUCAGUUACGGUAUCGUUACUAGAAAUGAAGAAAUCGAAUGAAAAGCUACAGGUACGAGUGCUGAAGCAUUUAAGUGAACAGUAUAUGCAUACGGCACAAGUUACGGGAUUAAAGUUGCUAGAUAACGAUAAAAUGAUUAGCGUUGGUGUUGAUCAACGGCUGUUUGUGACCAGUUUUUCUAGCUAUGAUAAGCUUGUAGUCGAAAGCACAAUCAACACAUGCAUUGCGGACGUAAAAGGAGUAUCGUUCAUAGAGGAAGAUAAUGAAGCAAUUGUGUAUGGUUGCGGUAUUGAAAUAAUCCAGCUACAAGGCACAUUGAUGAACAGUAAAAUGACGUAGAGCAAUAAAGCCUUUAGAUCUUCUUUCUGUAACUUAAAAAAGUAGGUUCAUUAUGAAAAAGAAUGCAACAAUUAUACCAAACCUAUUUUACAUUUGAUCAACAGUUUUCAUAUAUUGUACCAUAGCCCAGUGCUCUCCAACCUUUUUAGGAUCGUGGACCACUUGGCUUUGAAAAUACAUUUGCUGUGGCCCACAUUCAUUGAAGGGAUACAUUUUUUAACCAGGUUAAAAGUUUUUUUUAUUAAAGACAUGUUAAAAUCUUAUUCUAGACAUGCAUGUUAAAAAUUUUAUCCUAAUUGUGGGGGAAAAUGCACGAUAUGUGUAGUAAUAAGCUUUUCUUUUCCAAAAAUAAAUUAUUUUGCGGACCACGUCUGUUAACGCCACGAACCACAGGCUGGAGAUCACUGCCAUAUACCAAACAACUAUAACAAAACUUUGACUACAACAUAAGUUUUAAUUCGUUUGAAAAUAAGCUACUUUAAACUAAAAUAAAAUGAAAUUUAUCUAAAAGUAAGUUAUGCUAGAUAAACUAAACUACAUUUUUGCGUACCUUUUCUUCUCUUGUUAAACCCCACGAGUUAAAUAAACAAUUAAACAAUCAAGGAUGUUCAUGUACAAUUCGUAUCAAAAAAAGAAUUGAUCAUCAGCGAAAUAAUUUUAAAGAUCUUAGUUAAAUUCUUAAUAGCAAAUACCAAUUUUGUUUCAAGGGUAUAUCCGAGUUUUUAGAGAGAUACAGUGCAUUUAUUUAAAGUAGCAAAAUAUAGCUACGACUCAUGUUCGACUUUAUAAAACUCCCUUUUCCCUAUUUUUAAAUCAUUCAAAAUUAGCCCAGUUCAGACAAUUCGAAGAAAAAAAGAAACGUUACUGUUUGGCAAAUCACGCGUUACCCUGUUCCUGCAUACAGCUGAACGAGCUAGUGCACUCCGACGAUUGAGCGCUGCUACGCUCCGGUGAGUUCUGGCGAGUGGUGGAUUAUAGUUGGCGUAAGAAGCAGGAAAUGUUCGGGUGGGUGUGUUUUCUCUGUUGUGCCAAAUGGAGCUUGCUUCGGGGGUUUCACGAAUUCCAGAACUCGAGCUGUAACGGGCUGCACGUAGCCAUUAUGAUCAGAGCAAGCAUCCUUGUAGCACCGUGCCACACGCACUCAUUUUCUUGCCAUAAUUGAGUCAAAACUUAUUGUGUUAUAAAGAACAGGUGUUUAUAAAAGGUGAAAUUGUGUUUCUAAUUUAGCCACGGUGAUUAGUGUUGAUUAUCUACUGCAAUUAACAGCUAACGCUUCGCGGGUGUAAGGACACUUUCAUUGUACUUAGUGUUAUGCUACCUGUCCAUAUGCCAGGACAGGAAUAGCAGGGGAUCUAGUAAUCGAUAUUAUGUACUUGCUUGAAGCACAUCACGUCCAAAAGAGGAAGGCCGUAUUAGGCGUUGCUAUGCUACAUUGACUGUCGAAUUUUAGUGAAAAAAAGGAAGAAUAUUCCCAAAACCACUCGCCAGUUGAAUUCGUCCGGAAAGGUGAAAGGGCAGCAAUGACGGUUCUGAUUAGGGAGUUUUUCCCUUUUUCGGCAUGAUGGCCAUAGUCAUUUACUGCGCACGACGAAACCGACGGCUACUGCUGUUGCUGCUUGUUCGAGUGUUUUGAAGCCGUUCGGAUUUGUAUGGCUUCGUAUUGGGUUACUGCGAGUUUUCAUCGCACGAAGAGCCUUGCGAAAGGUCGUGAAUCUUCCCGCGUUCUAGCCAGCGCACGGUGUGUGCAAUAGUGUGUGAUGUGAAUUGAGUGUCAUUGUUGGGAAAGAGUUUGUUUAAAGUAAAUGCUAUACUAAUUCUGCUACCGAUGCCCGGGUUUUAUAGUCAGUGGGGAUAAGCUCAGCAGGAAUGCAAAUGAAACCGUGUAACAUCUGUGCAAAAUAUACAUACGUGAUGUUUUCAUUGUAA